AUGAGACCCUUUUUGCUCUUCCUGCUGCAUCUGGGCCUGUGACACCCUCCUCUGCAGAAAAAAUUAUGGAUUUGAAGGAGCAGCCAGGUAACACUGUUUCGUCUGGUCAAGAGGAUUUCCCAUCUGUCCUGCUUGAAACUGCUGCCUCUCUUCCUUCUCUAUCUCCUCUCUCAACUGUUUCUUUUAAAGAACAUGAAUACCUUGGUAAUUUAUCAGCAGUGUCAUCUAAAGAAGGAACAAUUGAAGAAACUUUAACUGAGGCUUGUAAAGAGUUGCCAGAGAGGGCAACAAAUCCAUUUGUAAAUAGAGAUUUAACAGAGUUUUCGGAAUUAGAAUAUUCAGAAAUGGGAUCAUCUUUCAAUGGCUCUCCCAAAGGAGAGUCAGCCAUACUAGUAGAAAAUUCUAAAGAAGUAAUUGUGAGGAGUAAAGACAAAGAGGAUUUAGUUAGCAGUGCAGCCCUUCACAAUCCACAAGAGUCACCUGUGACCCUUACUAAAGUGGUUAAAGAAGACAGAGUUAUGUCUCCAGAAAAGACAAAGGACAUUUUUAAUGAGAUGCAAGAGUCAGUGGUAGCACCUAUGAGGGAAGAGUAUGCAGACUUUAAGCCAUUUGAACAAGCAUGGGAAAUGAAAGACACCUAUGAGGGAGCUGGGAGUGUGGCUGCUAGAGGUAACACAGAAAGUAAAGUGGACAAGAACUGCUCUGAAGAUAGCCUGGAGCAAAAAAGUUCUGGAAAAGAUAGUGAAAGCAGUAAUGAUGAUGCUUCUUUCCCUAGUACACCAGAACCUGUGAGGGAAGGCUCCAGAGCAUACAUCACAUGUGCUUCUUUUACCUCAGCAACUGAAAGCACCGCAGCAAACAUUUGCCCUUUGUUAGAAGAUCAUACUUCAGAAAAUAAAACGGAUGAAAAAAAAAUAGAAGAAAGGAAGGCCCAAAUUAUAACAGAGAAGACUAGCCCCAAAACAUCAAAUCCUUUCCUCGUAGCAAUACAGGAUGCUGAGGCAGAUUAUGUCACAACAGAUAACUUAUCAAAGAUGACAGAGGCAGUGGUGGCAAACAUGCCUGAAGGUCUAACUCCAGAUUUAGUACAGGAAGCGUGUGAAAGUGAACUGAGUGAAUCUACAGGUACAAAGAUUGCUUAUGAAACAAAAAUGGACUUGGUCCAGACAUCAGAAGCUAUACAAGAAUCACUUUUCCCCACAGCACAGCUUUGCCCAUCAUUUGAAGAAUCUGAAGCAACUCCUUCCCCAGUUUUGCCUGACAUUGUUAUGGAAGCACCAUUAAGUUCUCUCCUUCCAAGCGCUGGUGUGCCUGUAGUGCAGCCCAGUGUAUCCCCACGAGAAGCACCUCUUUCAGUUAGUUAUGACAGUGUAAAGCCUGAGCCUGAAAAUCCCCCACCAUACGAAGAAGCACUAAAAGCUUCGGGAACAAAGGAAGACAUUAAAGAGCCUGAAAGUAUUAAUGCAGCUGUUCAGGAAACAGAAGCUCCUUAUAUAUCCAUUGCAUGUGAUUUAAUUAAAGAAACAAAGCUGUCCGCUGAACCAAGUUCAGAUUUCUCGAAUUAUUCAGAAAUAGCAAAAUUUGAGAAGUCAGUGCCUGAUCACUCUGAGCUAGUGGAGUCCUCACCCGAUUCUGAACCAGUUGACUUAUUUAGUGAUGAUUCAAUUCCCGAAGUCCCACAAACACAAGAGGAGGCUGUGAUGCUCAUGAAGGAGAGUCUCAGUGAAGUAUCUGAGACAGAAACACAGCAGAAACAUGAGGAGAGAUUUAGUGCUUCACCUCAGGAAGUAGGAAAGCCAUAUUUAGAGUCUUUUCAGCCCAAUUUACGUAUUACAGAAGAUGCUACAACUAAUGAAAUUCCAACAUUGACCAAAAAGGAGAAAAUUUCUUUGCAGAUGGAAGAGCUUAAUACUGGGAUGUAUUCAAAUGAUGACUUGAUUACUUCUAAGGAAGACAAGAUAAAAGAAAGUGAAACAUUUUCAGAUUCGUCUCCAAUUGAGAUAAUAGAUGAAUUUCCCACGUUUGUCAGUACUAAAGCUGAUUCUUCUCCUAAAUUAGCCAAGGAAUAUACUGACUUAGAAGUAUCCAACAAAAGUGAAGUUGCUAGUAUCCAGAGUGGGGCUGGUUCGUUGCCCUGUGACCUUUCCUUCAAGAGCAUAUGCCCUAGCGAUGAAAUGCUUGUCUCAGAUGAAUUCUCCAAAGAUAGGUCCAGUCUAUCUAAGGAGUCCUUAUUGCCUCCAAAUGUUUCUGCUUUGGGACCUCCAACAGAAACAGGUGGCGUAGUUAAACCCAAAGUCCUUAUGAAAGAAGCAGAGAAAAACCUUCCUUCUGCUACAGAGAAUGAGGACAGAUCACUGUCGGCUGUAUUUUCACCAGAGCUGAGUAAAGCUUCAGUUACUGACCUCCUCUACUGGAGAGACAUUAAGAAGACUGGAGUGGUGUUUGGUGCCAGUUUAUUCCUGCUGCUGUCUCUGACAGUGUUCAGUAUUGUGAGUGUAACAGCCUACAUUGCCUUGGCCCUGCUCUCUGUGACUAUCUGCUUUAGGAUAUAUAAGGGUGUGAUCCAGGCUAUCCAGAAAUCAGAUGAAGGCCACCCAUUCAGGGCAUAUUUGGAUUCUGACGUUGCUGUAUCAGAGGAAUUGGUUCAAAAAUACAGUAAUUCUGCUCUUGGUCAUGUGAAUAGCACAAUAAAAGAACUCAGGCGCCUCUUCUUAGUUGAUGAUUUAGUUGAUUCCCUAAAGUUUGCAGUGUUGAUGUGGGUGUUUACUUACGUUGGUGCCUUGUUCAAUGGCCUGACAUUGCUGAUUUUAGCUCUGAUUUCACUCUUCAGUAUUCCUGUUAUUUAUGAGCGGCAUCAGGCGCAGGUAGAUCAUUAUCUGGGACUUGCGAAUAAGAGCGUGAAAGACGCCAUGGUCAAAAUCCAAGCAAAAAUCCCUGGAUUGAAGCGCAAAGCAGAAUGAAAAGGCCCCAAACAGUAGGAAUUCAUCUUUAAAGGGGACACUCUUUUGAUUAAGGGGGUGGGCGGGUCAGGGGUGAGCCCUCGGCAGCGGUGCAGCUUCAGCUCUUUAUUUUAGCGGUGCACUGUUUGAGGAGCAGUUACCUGUCUUGACUUCCUGUGUUUUUAUCAUCUGAAGUAUCGUAAGCUGCUGUGUAUGGAUUUAAAUUGUAAUCACACUUGUUUUCCCUGUAUGAGGCACUGGGGAAUAAAGUGAGCUGGGAAAGCUGUGUAUUUUAUUUUGUUGCAGGUAGUCUUGCUGUAUUUGGGAAGUUACAAAGAAGGUAGCUCUGGGGGGAAAAAAACUUUUCACAGUGUACUGUGUUUGGUUGGUGUAAAUUGAUACAGAUUUUUUUUGAAAUGAAAUGUUUAGAUAAGAUCAUACUAUUAAAGCAGGAAUGAAAAUGCUGUCUUGAUGGUAUGUUCUAGGUGUAUUGUGAAGUUACUGUUAUUGCCAAUAUAAGUAAAUAUAGACAUAAUCUAUAUAUAGUGUUUCACAAGCUUAGACCUUUAACCUUCCAGCUGCCCACAGUGCUUGACCUCUCAGUCGUGGGUUAUACAGUGUAGUCCCAAGCACAUAAACUAGGAAGAGAAUGUAUUUGUAGGAGCACUACCAUCUGUUUUCAAGGAAACUACAUACAACUCCAGCCUAAGUGUCAUUUCAAAGACUUACUGUAUGUAUAGUUAAUUUCGUCACAGACUCUGAUUCUGUGGACUGAAUUUAAUGCUUCCAAAUGUUUUCAGUUAUCAAACAUUAUUAUGCAAGAAAUAAUAAAACAAGCUGUACUGAAUUAUCUGUGGAAUGCAUUGUGAAUUCUAAAAGCAAAGUAUCAAUAAAGCUUACAGACAUGCUGUA